AUGGAUUAAACUAACAACGAAAGUCUUCCUAGCAAAUAAAAAAAUUGUAUUCAUCACCCAACUCAAAGACCUAACUGGUACUGCAUUGAUCCAAAUUGUACAGAAAAAGUUAAGUUCGGAUGUGGUGAUUGCUUUUUAGAUACUCCUCAUGGAAGCCAUCAGGUUAAAAAACUAAUUGAGUAUGAAAAUGUAGUUAAAAAAAGAUGCCCUGAAAGACAAACUAAGUAUAAAGAACUUUAGUAAAUUUCUGAAAUCAGAAGCUCAACUGAAAGCUUAUUCACUGAGAUUAGAAGCAGUAUUAAGGCUUAGAUAGAUGAUCUCGAGUCUUCAAUUCAAAAGCAAAUUAGAUUGAUUGAACAUAAUUUUAGCAGUCGUACUUUAAAUGAAUUCAAUUCAAAAGUUAAGCUACUUUCAAACAGACUAUUAUUUUGCAAGUUUUUAUUCUGUGAAGAUGAACUCAGUGAACUCUCAUUGUAGCUCUUUAACUAAAGUUAGUUCAUGGAAACAACAAUUGAAAAGGAAAAAUCAAAGCGUUAAAUGAUUUGCACUCAAUUCAAGGAUCAUUUAGGAAACAUUAAAAAUUAUUUUAAUGAAGUUUUUGAAUAAAUUCAAAAUUUUUCAACAACAUUUUAAGCCAACAUUCCAAAUUAUUUUAAUCUAGAAAAUUUCACUUAAAAAGUUGUAAAAGUUAAUGAAAAUUAACCCAGUCACAAUGGAGCAAUCCGUAAAGUUCUUACCUUAACAAACAACAGGCUAUUGAGUUUUUCAGAUGAUACAAAUAUGCACGUAUAUGAUUAAACCUUUGCAAUUUAAAAGACAAUUAAGCACAGCAGUAAAAUUAUACAAGCUGAUACUAUGGGAGAAGACCUAGUUGUUAUAUCUUCUUCAGAUUACAAGAUUUAUGUUUAUGAUGUUCAAAAAGGUACAGUUGUCAAAUAAUUUAGUGGACACAAUGAACCAAUCUUAGCAUUAAAAUCUAUAAGCGAAGAUAGAUUUGUUUCAGGAGGUAUGGAUAAAAGUAUUUGUAUUUGGAGCUUGAGCCAAGAUGAGCCCUUGACAACUUAAUUAGAUCCUCAUCAAGGAUCAAUAUACAGCAUAGAACAAAUUGGCUUGAAUAAGUUUGUUACAUGUGGUGGAGAAGAUGGAAAAAUUAAAAUAUGGGAAGACUUGAAAGUUGUUUAAGCAUUGAAUGGUCACACAAAUAAAGUACAACUCCUUAAGUAUUUGAAAGGAUUGAAUACUUUGGUUUCUGUUGAUGAAUAAGGAAUCAUCAUGCUAUGGAACUUACAAGACUUAACUCUUAUCCACUAAUUCAGAGAUGAGUUCUCUAAUGUAGUUGAUAUGAUUGAAUUAUCAGACGAUAUGUUCUGUGUUCUUGGAGUAGAACAAAACAUUAAAAUUUUCAAAUUUGAAUUCGAAGCUAAGUUAAAUGAAACAGAAUAAAGUGGAAGCAAUGAAAUGCUAGAUAAAGUUACUUCCAUUAAAGGAGAAGCUAUAAAAAAUAUUUCUGCAAUUAUGAACUUUUCAACAUAUGUUAAUAUGCUAACUAUAGCAAAGUUGGAUGAUGAUGGAAUCAUUGGUGGAUGCCAAGAUGGUCAUCUCGUUUUAAUUAAAUGA